AUGGCCGAUUAUCGAAGCAUGCAGCCCAAUCGGGGUACAAGCUACUCUGAUUUAAGUGAGGCGACAAAAAAUCUCACCCUUUCCGUGGAGAUGCCCGGGGAAGUACGCUCCACACUGAACAGCUACGUGCCCUUGGAUGCGGACGACGAGACCGUGAAGCUCCUCCGGGAAACGUUCAGGUACCUUCCAUCAGGUGGUAGAGACAUUAACUCCAUGGUAAGUGUGAUGACGCUCUCCCUACCUAUGCACGCGCAAUUUCGACGAUUCAGUCUUGCACUCGAACAGACAACAGACACUAUAAACCAAUAUCGUGUCAAGACCUACCGUGGUUUUGCAACAGCCCAUCGAGCUGAGCUGCCAGCGAGUGGAACUAUCAGCAUGACAGCCCACGGUGGAUCCCCAUUGGCUUCACCUAUUUUACUUCAAGUUCACUGUGCCAUCGCGAACAUACUCCAUGCCACCGGCGAAGGUGCGAAGAUCGCCCGAGUGCUAGGGGACUCUGAUGCGACUGGUGGCCUCGCUAGCAACGGAAUUGCCAAUAUCUCGCAGCUCUUAUCUGUGACUAAGCUUGCAUCGAUGCCCCAUUUGCGUCGCUUCGAUGAUAUGGGCUCGACAGACGACUGA